CAUAAUUUCUGAAUACGUUUUUAAAUUCAGUGUAGCUAGUUUAAAAUAACAUGUAAUAAGCGUUAGUAUUCCUGGCUGUAAAUGGCUUACCUUAAUCUUUCUAUUUUGGUCAAGUGAAAGGGAGAUGAGGUCUGAGGAAAUACUCUUCAGCAAAAGACAGGAAAGCUACCAAGAUUACUUACCUGUCAGUUGAAUUGCAGGUAGUAUUUUUAUGUGCACAGCAGUUUGCUGAUUUUCGGAAUCAGAACAGUAGUGGUUCUGCAGAAAGAAGGGGUUGUGCUAAAACAGUGGCCAGGCUAUUGAUCCUUUCUGAGAAAAAGAAUCUGUAUUGAGAACCUUUUUAAAACGCUGGGGUUGUUGGAGUGGUUGAAUUUUUCCUGGCUUUGAGUGAGAAAUUCAGAAGACUGAAGCCCAGGCUCACUGUCUACCUUUCACGGAGGCCCAGCCGUGAGAGGACAGAAGAAGGCACGUGGCGAAUCAUGACAGCAGACAAAGAAAAAGACAAAGACAAAGAGAAGGACAGGGAUAGAGACCGGGAUAAGGAGCGAGACAAGAGAGACAAGGUGAGGGAGAGUGAGAACUCGCGUCCUCGACGGAGCUGUACGUUGGAAGGAGGUGCCAAGAAUUAUGCGGAAAGUGACCAUAGUGAAGAUGAGGACAAUGACAACAACAGUGCCACCACAGAGGAGUCCACAAAGAAAAGCAAAAAGAAACCACCUAAGAAGAAGUCCCGAUACGAGAGAACAGACAACGGUGAAAUAACGUCCUUUAUCACAGAGGAUGAUGUUGUAUACAGGCCUGGAGAUUGCGUAUAUAUUGAAAGUCGCCGGCCGAAUACCCCGUAUUUCAUCUGCAGCAUUCAAGACUUCAAACUGAGUAAACGGGACCACCUCCUUAUGAAUGUCAAAUGGUACUAUCGCCAGUCUGAAGUCCCAGAUUCAGUCUAUCAGCAUUUGGUUCAGGACAGACACAAUGAGAAUGACUCUGGACGAGAGCUUGUUAUUACAGACCCAGUUAUCAAGAAUCGAGAGCUCUUCAUUUCAGAUUACGUUGACACUUACCACGCUGCUGCCCUCAGAGGGAAGUGUAAUAUCUCCCAUUUCUCUGACAUAUUUGCUGCUAGAGAGUUUAAAGCCCGAGUGGAUUCAUUUUUCUACAUACUGGGCUAUAAUCCAGAGACAAGGAGGCUAAACAGUACCCAAGGUGAAAUCAGAGUGGGACCCAGCCAUCAGGCAAAGCUUCCUGAUCUGCAGCCGUUUCCUUCCCCAGACGGUGACACAGUGACACAGCAUGAAGAACUUGUCUGGAUGCCAGGAGUCAAUGACUGUGACUUACUUAUGUACCUUAGGGCAGCAAGGAGCAUGGCAGCUUUUGCAGGCAUGUGUGAUGGAGGAUCCACAGAAGAUGGUUGUGUUGCAGCCUCCCGUGACGACACUACACUUAACGCACUCAAUACACUACAUGAAAGUAACUAUGAUGCUGGAAAAGCCCUGCAGCGCUUGGUGAAGAAACCUGUGCCAAAACUGAUUGAGAAGUGUUGGACUGAAGAUGAAGUGAAACGUUUUAUUAAGGGGUUGAGGCAGUACGGCAAGAACUUCUUCAGGAUCCGAAAGGAGUUGCUUCCGAAUAAGGAGACUGGAGAACUAAUCACCUUCUAUUACUAUUGGAAGAAAACCCCUGAAGCAGCAAGUUCUCGAGCCCACCGUAGGCAUCGAAGACAGGCUGUGUUUCGGAGAAUUAAAACUCGAACUGCUUCCACUCCAGUCAACACUCCCUCCAGGCCCCCCUCCAGUGAAUUCUUGGACUUGAGCUCGGCCAGUGAAGAUGACUUUGACAGCGAGGACAGUGAACAGGAACUGAAGGGCUACGCCUGUCGUCACUGCUUCACAACCACCUCCAAGGACUGGCACCACGGUGGUCGAGAAAACAUUUUAUUGUGCACCGAUUGUCGCAUCCACUUCAAAAAAUACGGAGAGCUGCCACCCAUUGAGAAGCCUGUGGACCCUCCACCCUUUAUGUUUAAGCCUGUCAAAGAGGAAGAUGAUGGACUCAGUGGAAAGCAUAGCAUGAGGACAAGGCGGAGUCGAGGCUCGAUGUCUACACUACGUAGUGGUCGUAAAAAGCAGCCAGCCAGCCCUGAUGGUAGAGCCUCACCGAUUAAUGAAGACAUCCGUUCCAGUGGCCGCAACUCCCCCAGUGCUGCCAGCACCUCCAGUAACGACAGCAAAGCAGAUUCAGUGAAGAAGUCUACCAAGAAGAUAAAAGAAGAGGUAUCUUCUCCUCUCAAGAACUCCAAGAGGCAGCGGGAAAAGGCAGCUUCUGACACAGAGGAACCUGACAGGUCCAAUGCCAAAAAAUCCAAAACUCAAGAGAUCAGCAGGCCAAACUCUCCCUCGGAGGGUGAGGGCGAAGGGGAGAGCUCCGACAGCCGCAGUGUCAAUGACGAGGGGAGCAGCGAUCCCAAGGACAUCGACCAGGAUAACCGGAGCACGUCACCCAGCAUCCCCAGCCCUCAAGACAAUGAGAGCGACUCGGAUUCAUCAGCUCAGCAGCAAGUGCUGCAGGCACAGCCCCAAGUGCUGCAGGCACAGAGCGGAUCUGGCCAGGCUCCCCCUCCUACGCCACCCAUCUCAGCCCAGCUACCAGCAUCGCUGCCAGCAGCCUCGAGCGCUGCUCCGGCUGCACCGCAGGUCUCGCCGUCAGCAUCCCAGCCCUCGAGCCAGCCCCAGCCCCCNNCGCCGCCGCCGCCUCAUUCCCACAUCCAGCAGGCCCCCGCUUUGCACCCGCAGAGGCUCCCAUCGCCUCACCCACCGCUGCAGCCUCUGAGCGUGUCGCAGAGCCAGCCGACCCCCCCCUCUUCGCAGCCCCACUCCCAGCCUCCGCUCCACAGUCAGGCCCAGCCUGCCCCUCACAGCCUGCAGGCCCAGCCCCUCCUGCCUCAUCCUGUUCCUUCCCAGCCCUUCUCCCUCCCCACUCAGUCAUCUCAGUCUCAGGUUCCCCUCCAGACCCAGGCGCCGUCUCAUUCUCACUCUGCGCUCCAGGUGCAGGUGACGCAGCCUGUCCUGCCGACCGCAACCUCCCUGCAGCAGGCUCAGCCCCCGCGGGAGCAGCCCCUGCCCCCUGCCCCCAUGGCCAUGCCUCACAUCAAACCUCCCCCUACCACCCCAAUCCCUCAGCUCCCCACUGCUCCGUCCCACAAGCACCCUCCUCAUCUCUCUGGACCUUCUCCAUUCUCAAUGAACUCCAACUUGCCUCCACCACCUGCUUUAAAACCACUGAGCUCCCUCUCCACUCAUCAUCCCCCAUCUGCACACCCUCCUCCUUUGCAGCUGAUGCCUCAGAGCCAACCGCUGCAGUCUUCACAAGCCCAGCCUCCUGUACUGACGCAGAGUCAGAGCCUUCCCCCACCUGCUAAUCACCCCCCAUCUGGGCUCCAUCAGGUAUCCUCCCAGCCCCCCUUUUCUCAGCAUCCGUUUGUCCCCGGAGGCCCACCUUCCAUCACCCCUCCUUCUUGCCCCUCCACUUCCACGCCACCCACCGUGCCUGGCAUUCCGCUUCAGACUCCCAUCUCCACAUCAGCAGCUUCUAGUGGAAACGUGCCAGUGGUGACAGCGUGCACGCUACCACCUAUCCAAAUCAAAGAAGAAGUCCCAGAUGAAGCUGAGGAACCAGAAAGCCCUCCCCCUCCCCCCAGAAGUCCAUCGCCAGAACCCACCGUGGUGGAUACGCCGAGUCACGCCAGUCAGUCAGCCAGGUUCUAUAAGCACCUGGACCGUGGCUACAAUUCAUGCUCAAGAGCAGACUUGUACUUUAUGCCUCUGGCAGGAUCAAAACUGGCCAAGAAGAGAGAAGAGGCCAUUGAAAAGGCCAAAAGGGAAGCGGAGCAGAAAGCCAGAGAAGAGAGGGAAAGAGAAAAAGAAAAAGAGAAGGAAAGAGAGAGGGAGAGGGAGCGUGAAAGAGAAGCAGAAAGAGCUGCGCAGAAGGUAUCCAGCUCCUCCCAUGAAGGCCGUCUUGGAGAGUCGCAGCUCAGCGGGCCAGCACACAUGAGACCUUCAUUUGAACCUCCCCCGACGACCAUCGCUGCUGUACCACCGUACAUCGGUCCAGAUACACCUGCUUUACGAACACUGAGUGAAUAUGCCCGUCCUCAUGUCAUGUCACCAACAAACCGUAAUCAUCCCUUCUUUGUCCCCCUGAACCCCACUGAUCCACUUCUGGCCUACCACAUGCCCGGCCUCUACAAUGUGGAUCCCACCAUUCGGGAACGAGAGCUGCGAGAGCGGGAAAUCCGGGAGCGAGAAAUCCGGGAAAGGGAGUUGAGAGAGAGGAUGAAACCUGGCUUUGAGGUGAAGCCCCCAGAGCUAGAUGCCCUGCACCCAGCUACUAACCCCAUGGAGCAUUUUGCCAGGCAUGGCGCACUGACUAUUCCCCCAACAGCAGGACCUCACCCAUUUGCUUCCUUCCAUCCGGGUUUGAACCCCCUCGAAAGAGAGAGACUUGCACUGGCAGGCCCGCAGUUACGGCCUGAAAUGAGCUACCCCGACAGACUGGCAGCAGAGAGAAUCCACGCGGAGCGGAUGGCAUCGCUGACAAACGACCCCUUGGCACGGCUCCAGAUGUUCAACGUUACGCCUCACCAUCACCAACAUUCACACAUACACUCGCAUUUACACCUACAUCAGCAGGAUCCCUUACACCAAGGUUCAGCAGGACCUGUUCAUCCGCUGGUGGAUCCUUUAGCCGCAGGACCCCAUUUGGCACGUUUUCCCUACCCACCUGGGACCAUCCCCAACCCAUUGCUAGGGCAGCCACCUCAUGAGCAUGAAAUGCUCCGACAUCCAGUCUUUGGUACUCCUUAUCCACGAGAUCUGCCUGGUGCCAUUCCACCUCCAAUGUCAGCAGCCCACCAGCUGCAGGCCAUGCAUGCCCAGUCCGCAGAGCUGCAGAGACUGGCAAUGGAGCAGCAGUGGUUGCAUGGGCAUCCUCACAUGCAUGGUGGUCAUCUACCAAGUCAGGAAGAUUAUUACAGUCGACUGAAGAAAGAAGGCGACAAACAGUUGUAAUAAAUUAUUUAUUUGUAAUGCUGGCUAUGGAAACCCCAGUCCUUGGGAAGGAGUGGAACAUUUUUACAUACAAUAAGAGCUACAAAAGGAAAAGAAUAUCUUAUAAAGAUUUCUUUAUAUAUUUAAAACAGAAACAACCACCCAACAAGUAGAGACUUAUCAGCAUAGUGUUCAUUUGUAGAGAAGAUUUCUCAAGACUGGUGUGGGUCUCCCUGCAUGACAACGUAUUCAGAAGCCUAUUGAAAAUACAGGACUGUGUGGAAUAUUCAGAGAACUUCCUGCAAUCUUGUUUUUUUUUUUUUUUUUCUUACUAGUUUGUUUUGAGUAGGUGCUAGAAUCAGGUUCACAACACAAGUCACUGUGCGUGAAGAGACACUCAAUGCAUCUAUAGCUAUUUUAAAAAAAAACAAGGAUUGCAAGUAGGUGACAUAACAAGCUCUGAAUCCAAGUGCUAUAAUAAUAAAAAUCUACUUUUAUUUUAAUACAUUGUAGGAAAUCUUCAUAAUUUUAAAGAGAGCUCAGUUCUGCAGCAUGGCUUUUUAAGUCUGUAAAUAACUUUUUUUGGGUAGAGGGGAGAAACAAAACAAAACAAAACUCCAGAAACAUUUAUCUUGAUUUUCAGUAACAUCACAAAUUGUGAAUUCCUACCUGGUAUUGACAGAAUACAGAGUUGAUUUUUUAAUAAAAUAUAUAUAUAUAAUUAUCCCUUUAAUUAAAGGGAAUGAUGGGUAUCAAUAAUUUCAAAUGGGUAAAAGCUUGACAUUUGGUUUGAUAUCAACAAUAAGCAUUAAAGGGAGUUGCAGGGAUAAUGUUGCAAAUGACUGUUUCUGUUCUUGGUUUUUUUGGUUGGUUUGGUUGUUUGGGGUUUUUUGUUCGUGUUACAUCUCUCUGUUUUGCAGAUGAUUUCUGUUGAGUUGGGUUUCUCAGCAGUACAGAUGUCCCUUGGAACUAGCUUACCCUUCUGAUUCCUACUUCAAGGGUUAAUUUUCAGUGUGGCCAUAAUACGCUUCUUUCCUGUUACCUUUUGAAACUUUAAACUACGUUGGUUUUAGACUUUAGGCAAAAGUUCAAAGAAAUAAUCUGUUCUAAAAUCUCUUUUUAAAAAUGUUCCGUGGCUCAAAACUAGUACAGCCAGAAUUUUGUAUGCAUGUGCAUAUUUUUGGAGAAUGUGCCCUUUCUGGCCUCUUAUGUUUGAUAUGUUCUUAAGAAAAGUUGACUAGGCAACUCAGUUAGUGUUCUUAAAGUUGUUUUGCAAAGACCAGACUAUAUUUCUCUUCGACUGUUUUAGUUUUGGUUUUUUGUAGGCAAAAAAUUUUUUAACUGCCACCAGUGUUCUGUAUCUCAGGAACUUACUGCUUUGGGAUUAACCAGAUACGUGGAUAGUGACAUUUUACUGACUCCCAACACAACAGGUCCAUGCGGAGGAACUCCUCUUGGCUAAUUCCCAUGUGGAUGGUAAAAGGAGAGGAAUACACAGAAGGCCAGUGAGCAUUAUUUCGAAGACACCUCUGCUUACUCUUUAGGCAGAUUUCCCCCACACACACACACACACUCUUUUGCCAUGGAUUUUCUUUGCCAGAGCAGAGGGUGAUGCGACCAAUGGACAUCUGAAUCUGCUGGCCGUUUUUUCUGCUGGUGCAUAACUUCCCCCCAUUCUCUCUCUGAAGUUAUGAGUGCUCUCUCUCUGCUGUUGUAGACUGUUCGGUGUGAUGGUUGUGUCAUAGGACUGUACUGAGCCAUGUUUGAUAAACUUGUAGUUAAUCAUACAUUCUGAUGGAAGGCAUGGCACGCACGGUGCUUUAUCCACCUCCUGAAGCUCAAACCAGUGUCAGUGCCCAAAGAUUACUGUCAGACAGUUAAUAACAUCAGUUUACUAAUUAAAAUGUGCAUUGGGGCAUUCUAAGUCUGCUUAAGGCAAAAGUCUAUAGGAGAGAGAGGAGGACUAUUGCAGCUGAUGUUGAUCUUCCUUUUUUUUAUUUUCUGUCCUCCAUUCCAGAUUUCUCAGUGCUAAAGAACUGCAGUAGCCUUUAAUCAGUUCCAUCUGCUCUGUUUGAACUCUCUGGGAAGGUAUUAGGAGGAACAGCUAGUGUUUGAGAUGUGGAAACCACGAGGUCAAUCUAGAAUCGAGGAUGGUAAAGUCAGCUCCAGUCAGUGCCUUCGGUCGCUGUCUGCUGCGAUCAGGUGAAAUGGUUUUCUUCCGAGUAACAUUUUUUUACUUUUGUGAACUUUGGAAUAGCUGGUAAGAUCGGUCUGCUCAGCAGAGAGAGUGCCUCAGUUUAUUUUAAAGGUCUAAUUAGGCACACUGCAGUUAAACCUCCUCUCCUUGUUUUUACCAUGUGGAAUUUGGGAGUUCGGGGGAGUUCAGUCACUUCAGCCAUUUCUUGUGAUCCUUCUCUUUUGCUGUUAUUUUUAGCUAUAGUUGUUCUUAAGGAAACAAACAAAAAAAAAAAACAGCUAAUUGCCUCCCAUGGUCCCCUCUCUCUUGUUGCUUGUUUUUUUUUUUUCUUUCAGCUGAAGUUUGCAGUCUGUUUAAAAGCUAUUAAUUGAUUUUUUUUUUUCUUUUUUUCCCAGAAAAGUAGUUCUGAUACUUUCUGGGAGGUUUUUUUGUUCACAUCAUUCAGCAAAUAAGCACUGAAAUUCUUCCAUUUUAGACCAAUGAUUAACUACAACUUUACAUGCAGUGGUUUUUGAAGCCAUCUUGGUGUUCGAUACCCUGUUAAAACAACCCAGAACUUUUGGUUUUCUUUAAGAAAUCUCUCUUACUUUUCCUCUGUUUUGAAAGUUUAUUUUUUAAUUUUGCUUUAGUGUUUUUGAAACGUCUCUCUUGUUCUAUGUCGUCAUGGUUGAGCUUGUUUCACUGCACCGUUAAAGCAGAGUGUACAUUCUGACUGCUACAUUUAUAUAUAUCUUGAAGCUUAAUGUAUAUAUGAGUAGUUUGCCAUGGGAUAACACAGUGUAAACAGAGUAGAAACCCAGAAAUCGUGACUUCUGUGUUCUCUCCAUUUGAGUAUUUUGUAAUUUUUUUGAAAUAUUUGUGGACAUAAAUAAAACCAAGCUACACUA